GAUGCAUUGAGGAAGCUCUGUUGCUGAGAUGGUUCUGCUCACCGCUAGCAAACGCGUGAGAGGAAGUUUCGUCGUUCAUACAAUAUGCGUCUAUACGUGGCUCCGCUUUCAGAGUGAAUGCCCUGCGAAACAGCAGGGCUUCGCUUUGGGAACAUGAGGGCUCUGUGUGCAUGGGUCACGCUUCCGGAGGCUCUGCGGACAAUGUCUUCUCUGUGGACUGUUCUGGAAGAUGCGCUGGAGGAAGCGGACGGUAGAAUGAACUCCAAGAUGGGAGGCAAGCUGAGCAAGAAGAAGAAGGGCUACAAUGUGAACGACGAGAAAGCCAAGGACAAGGACAAGAAGGCUGAAGGCGCGGGCACCGAGGAGGAGGGGACCCCGAAGGAGAGCGAGCCCCAGGCGGCCGCCGACGCCGCCGAGGUCAAGGAGAGCGCGGAGGAGAAGCCCAAGGACGCGGCCGCGGACGGCGAGGCCAAGGCGGAGGAGAAGGAGGGCGACAAGGCGGCGGCCAAGGAGGAGGCGCCCAAGGCCGAGCCCGAGAAGAGCGAGGGCGCCGCGGAGGAGCAGCCCGAGCCCGCGCCGGCGCCCGAGCAGGAGGCGGCCGCGCCCGGGCCCGCUGCGGGCGGCGAGGUCCCCAAGGCCGGCGGCGACACCACGGGCGCCGAGAGCACGGGCGCGCCGCCCGACGGCGCGGCCAAGGAGGAGGGCGAGGCCAAAAAGACUGAGGCUCCCGCCGCCGCCGGCCAGACGAAAAGCGACGCGGCCCCGGCUUCAGACUCUAAACCUAGCAGCGCCGCCGAGCCCGCGCCCUCGUCCAAGGAGACGCCCGCGGCGGCGUCCGAGGCGCCCAGUUCCGCGGCCAAGGCCCCCGCGCCCGCCGCGCCCGCCACCGCCACCGCCACCGAGCCGCAGGCCGAGCCUGUGCCAGCCGCCAGCUCCGAGCAAAGCGUGGCCGUCAAAGAGUAACCAACCGGGACAGCCUAGGCAGCGGAAGCGACCGC